AUGGCGGAAGAGCAGAAAGUAGCUGCGGCCGUGGAUGCUACCGCCGACAAUGCCGCCGCCGAGCAGGAUGUGAAGGAAGUCCUGGCUGAGCUCAAAUCAGACGAAGCCAGCAAGCAGGACAGCGCAGAUGCUGAAAAGGCCGAAGAAGAAAAGAUCGUUGCGGCUGCUAAGAAGCUAGGCGAAGAAGCUCUGUCAAAUGAGACUGCAAAAGAAGCGUCAGAGACACAAAAGGGACGUGGCGGCAGCCGUGGCCGUGGUCGUGGAGGAGUGCGCAUCAACUACCGCGACAAUAUCAAAUCGGAUGCAUCCUCCCUGGAGGAGACAGAUGAUCCUGUUGAGAUUAGAAAGCAAGUGAGUGUGGUCGCCUCUGCCCUUGUCAUAUCGCAUGCAAGUUUGGAUUUACUCACCCUUGGACAGGUUGAAUUCUACUUCUCUGACUCCAACCUACCAAUGGACAAGUUCCUCCUCUCAAAGGUUGGCGGUAGCGAGAACAGGCCAGUUGAGCUCUCUCUUCUUCAUUCAUUCAAGCGAAUGCGCCGUUUCCAGCCUUUCAGCGCUAUUGUUGAAGCCCUCAAGGGCUCGGAGCUCGUCGAACUGGUAGAUGACGACAAAGCUGUGCGUCGCAAGGUCCCUCUUCCAGACACCAUCAAGGAGACAGCCGAUGCAUCAGCCGUCAAAAUAUUCGAGGAUAAAGCCAUGCAUCGCAGCAUAUACGCCAAGGGAUUCGGUCCAGAGGAACCCAGUACCCAGUUUGACAUUGAAGCCUUCUUCACUCCCUACGGCCCCACCAACGCUGUUCGUCUUAGACGUGCCAUGGAUAAGACAUUCAAGGGUAGCGUCUUUGUCGAGUUUGAGACCGAAGACCUGCAAAAGGCAUUUUUGGCAAUUGAACCAAAGCCGAAGUGGAAGGGCACCACAGAAUUACUUAUCAAGAGCAAGAAGCAGUACUGUGACGAGAAGAUCAAGGAGAUAGAAGCUGGUCGUCUGAAGCCCAGUGACCGGUCUAGUGGACGAGGCGGUCGAGGAGGCCGUGGAGGUCGCGGAGGUCGUGGGGGACGGGGCGGUCGAGGCGGCCGUGGUAAUGGUCGGGAUCGUAGUGAUCGAAAUGGUGACCAAGUAAAAGAAGAAGCCCAGGCAAAACGCCAUGAACCAGAGAAAGAUAGCCGCGGUGUCCCUGUCAUCCAGGUCUCCAGCAACAAGGCUGAAUCCCAACAAAAUGGAGGUGCCAAUGGCCAAAAGCGCAGUCGUGAAGAAGACUCUGGGCCAAAGGCCGAUGGCAAUACCGAGGAGAGACCAGCUAAGAAGGUUGAUGCUAAAGACAGUUAA